GUUCGACAAACACGCGAAAUACACGUAUGUCUGUUUAAUUAUUUUUUACACUUUGUUGAACAUUUUCGGGUCAAGUGCUUUUAAGUUCUGUUUUCAAAUUCUGGAUUGUGUCCGUUUCAAAUUUUCCGCAUGUGACAUUAACUACUUGGCCGGAGAAUUGAGGAGCCCUGAGGGCUCUCACCCAGUACAAAAUUUAAGACAAAAGGCCUGAAGGCUAACAAAUGAUACAGCGAUAGAUCGUCAUAACUUAUGUGAUUGUGGAAAGGAAAAGCAAUAGAAGACCCAAGCACAAAAGAAGACCAGAACACCCUGGCCAAGUAGAUUUCCGGCCAAGCGGUGAAUGCUAUCCCCUGCAAAUCCCCAAGACACGUCACAAAAAGUACCAAGGCGUCAUAACCAAGCAAGAUGUUAGUAUCAACGAUAAACACGCUCAUACCGCGCGUGCGAUUCAAGUUGUACAGGCCAACGAUAGAAAAUUUCGUAUUCCAACUGCAUUAUAAGGCUACGGUGACUAUCCUACUGGCUUUUGUGAUCCUGGUAUGCGCCAGAGAGUACUUCGGAGACCACAUCAAGUGCAUCUCAGACCAGGGUGUGCCGAAUCAUGUUAUCCAGACUUACUGCUUCUUUAUGGCUACUUUCACUGUUGUCCGUCACUACAACGAGUCCCUCCUCCAAGCAGGGUUCCUGCCUCAUCCCGGAGUGGGCCCCAUGUCCGACUCAGACGAGACCCUGCACCACACCUACUACCAGUGGGUACCCUUCGUUCUAUUCCUCCAGUCCAUCUGCUUCUACCUGCCGCAUUAUAUCUGGAAAAAGAAAGAAGGUGGGCGGAUAAAGGCGCUGGUAGAAGGUCUGCAGUACGCCAGCUUAGCGCUUGAGGACCAAGAUAUGACUGUGAAUGGCACGACGGUGCCUUCCAAGCUGUCCUUGGAGAAUAGGCUGAAUACUAUUAGGAAGGAUAUCAUUUUAAGGCUCCGCAUCAGCCGGACGUGGUCGACGUGGCUUGUCGCGAUGGAGGUGGUCAACCUGCUGCACGUGAUGCUGCAGAUCUGGCUCAUCAACAUCUUCCUCAACGGCAACUUCCUCUGCCUCGGCCCCUGGGUGAUGAGCGUCCAGAACUGGAACAACAUUGCGGAUCCGCUGGAGACUGUGUUUCCUAAGGUGACAAAGUGCCUGUUCCACAAGUACGGUCCCAGCGGCUCGAUCCAGCAGCACGACGCUUUGUGCGUGAUGGCGCUGAACAUCAUCCACGAGAAGAUCUACACUGUGCUCUGGUUCUGGCUGUUGUUCCUCUUCAUCGCUUCGCUGCUUGCGGUGAUCUGGCGCGUCGUUUCUUACUUCGUGUACCGGCGGUCCACACGGUUCACGGAGAUGAUGUUCCGCCAGGUGGCUGGCUCCAAGUUCAGCCCCACCAACGUCAUCAGGGUCGUCAACGGCUGCCAGUUUGCCGACUGGCUCUUCCUCUACUACCUGUCUAAGAACAUGCAGGGAUUCGUCUUCCAGGAACUGUUCAUCCGCUUGGCCGAGGAGCUGGAGAAGCGAGACAUGCCGUUCAAGCAGGAGGGGUACGAAGAGAAGGGCGCAGAGCCCGUGCUGCUUAGCAGGAUGGACUAUGAUGACGAGACCUUGCCGCUCAAGGAUGAGAAGAAGGCCUCAUAGAAGCGUUGCUGAACUGAUCAAGCUAAUGUAGUCAACCUAACGAUAUUUGACCUUGAAAAUCAUGUAUACUACAGACAGGACAAUCGAUAGUAUCGACAACUCAUUUAGAUCAGUACUAUCAUCGUGUGUGACGGUCGAAAAGUAUUGCCAUAGAAUAAGGAAGAACUACCACCGGCUGAGCUAGGUUUACCUAACCCCUUGGUCUUGCGUUAGUCUUCAAUUGUAUGGGCGUCAGACGUCACUCACACAGAUGCGCCGUAACCGCGCCAAUGUGUAGUGUCUGUGUAAAACGAGGUGUUUUGUAUGAGCAAUGGCCGCUUUUCGUAGGAUUGAGCAUACCUGAUUUAAUUAUAAUACCAUACUUUCAAUUACGCUUCAUACACGUAUUCUUUUAAUGUACUUACUUAAUAAAAAAAAGUAUUAUGUACUUAAAUAUAUACGUUUUUAGGCAUUCGGACUUUGCUCAAGUUUUUUGUGAUAAAAACUCAAAAGAGAUACUAAUAAUACUUAUUGCUUGCCAUAAUACUUAUGUAAUAACUAAGCUAUUAUUUUUUUAAGGAUUAAUUUAAACACUAAAGACGAUUAUUACCUUAAUAUAAUGAUGGAUAUUUAUGAAACAAAAAAAAUAUAUUUAUGCCAAAUUACGGCAAAAUGUGAGGUCCAAAAAUAAUUGUAAGAUCUUUAUAUUAUGUUACCAUGUUUUUUUGCAAAUAGGUAAAUAAUUUAUGAUUUAUGAAAAAACAGGGAAGUAACUGUUAAAAAUACGUAGUUAUAAACUCAAGUAAGCCAGCUGCUACUCAUGACGUCUAUUUUGACGUAAUAGGUACGUUGUGUAGAAGGUCGAAGGCCCUACGUUGAUACGGAAGCUAAGAAUAUUACGAUUUCGAUGUUGGUAUAACGAGUUAGGACCCCGAUACCGACCCCGCUGGCGUGGUCGACGAUUUCCCUCAAUCAGCGCUUAUCGCUGUCGACCCACUAGGGUCGAUUAAUUCUUUCAAAUAUUUUUCCUCUCAGACGACGCCCUGAGCCGAGGUUCGCGCCCAACUGGGCACCCUCAGGCCUGUUGUCUUAAACGUUGUACCGGGUGAGAGUCUUCAGCGCUUCCCAUUGGCCAAGUAGUUAAUGCCAUCUGCGGCAAAUCUACAAUAAGUCACGUCAAAAAAAGAGAGACUUUCCAGGCUGUGUUCCCCAAAACUAAUAUAGAAUGCGACACAUUACAUUGAUUACAUUUUUACGUUAGGAUCUACUCAUUGCUCCACAGUGGAAGCUAUAGAGUAGGGAUUCGAUAAUUACAAUAGCUUAUAAAUUAUUAUUACACGAUCGUCAUGGAUGGCGGUUCAAAGGUCGAGGGGGUUUUUUUUGUUAGAUUUUCAACCUCUACUAAUUAUUAUUAUGUGUCGUCUUAUUCAUGUUUGAUCAUAAAUGAGUAUCACGUACUCAGCGGUGAUGGAAAACGUCGUGAGACAACCCACAUUCCCGAGAAAUGCAUUUUCGGAAGUAUGUAACCUAUCCUGUAUUGGGCUGGUUUUCCCUUCGCGAGUUGGAAGGUCGGACAGGCAAUCGCUUCUGUACCUAAAAAACUGAUCAAAUCUUUAGGUUAGGUAAGCGGACCCUGUGAAAAACGGGAUGAUGAUUUGUCGUUGGGACCGACUGACUAUUCAGUAAUUUGUACCAAAAGGCCACAUUAAAGGAAUUCUGCUACUUGACAUUGUGUUGCCAUCGCGCAUUUACUUUUCGAUUAACUUACGAUUUUACAUGCACAAAUGUCAAAUUAUAAUGUUGUUUUUUUGGUGAUGAAUUGCUUCAAUGUGGCCGUUUUGACCUCUCGGAAUUGUGAAACUUAGAAUAAGAGAACUUUUUUAUGUACCUAUAAGUACCUACUAGUUUUGUUUGAAGAACAAAUAAAACGUUAAUGAUUAUUUUAUAAAUAAAAUAAAAUAUAAAUAAAUUAUAUUAUAUAAGUGACUUGCUGUGGUCUAGUCUGUUGUUGAGUGUAAAUACAUUUUAUGUUUGUUUUAUUA